AGGAGGAGGGGAUCCUGACCUCCUUCUUCAACCACCUCUCCACCUUCUCAUACGACAGGGCCAGGGACCUCAUGGAGAAGGAGAAGGAUAAUGGAUGUAAAGGUUCUCUUACAAGAUGGAGCCAGCUAGUGAGUCGACAUUGAAGCAUUUGUACGAAACGAUGAUUUGUGAGCUGGAGAGGUUGCUGGAGUGCAACGAGGCUGUGGAGGCUGAGGACAUCAUUACCCAUCUCUCAACUGACCUCGGAGUUAUUCUGAAAGGGAGGCUAAAAUCCAUGGAUGUUUAUGAAAAGCUGAAUAAUUCCAAUAAACUCACAGUGUACACAGAGCUUCAAGUUGUUCUCAGGUUUAUCUCCAAGACAGUGAAGGAUGUUCACUCUGUGGCUGUUGACGGCUGGAAACAAGUUUUCUACCUCGAGAUUGGAAUACUGUACGAUAGUGUUCAAAUGUGCAUUAGUAUGGGAAACUGUGAUUUUUACAAUUCUACCACUUUUCUUCAGUCCUUGACAGACAAACUAAGCACCUGGGCGGAAAUCCUGUCAACCAGGGAGACUAGGAAGUUGAGUUUUGCUACAAGCCUACUACGUGGUGUUAGUGGACAAUCUGAGCCUCAUCUCUACACGUGGUUCUAUAAACUCAAAGCAGCAUUGCUUUCUAAGUUCUCCAUUUACUUCUAUUCUGUUCUUCUGAAUCAAUCAGGUGGGGAUAUGCGUGCGUUGACCAGCAAGCUACCAGUAGACCAUCCGAACAGGCUGAUAAGUUUCCAUCGACGAACUGAUGCCCUGACUGUUUGCAUUGUUUUUGAUGGAACAGGACUAUCAGGGUUUAGAGGUCCAGGAUACUUUUUCCAGACUGACCGGCGGGAGGGUGGAUCUCCAACAGGGUUAGAACUCUUUCCUGCAGUAUUCUACCAUCCGGUAAUAUCCUGUUCAAUUCUGUUAAUUUCUGUUUAG